CAAGGGGAAGCAGUCUCGUCCGUCCGUCCCUCCUCCCUCCUGGGCUCUCCUCCUCCGCCCGGGACGGGGCUCGGGAGCAGCCAGAGCCGUUCGCCUACCCCAGCGCAGCCCAGCCCGGGGCGUCCGAAGCCGCCUUGCCCGUCGUGUUCUCUGGGCUGCGCCUCCGAGGGCGCCCGGCACGGCACGGCGCGACGCGCUGGAGAGGGCAGCGCCGCCGGAACGGCCGUCGAUCUUCCAGCCCCCGCUCGCUGCUGGUGGCCCCCCAGGAUGUUGCCCCCUUCGCGGACCCAGCUGGGGCUUUUCUUCGUCUUGCUCUGCCCGGCCAACAUCAUCGGGCUGUGGUGGGCAGUGGGCAGCCCGUUGGUCAUGGAUCCCAACAGCAUCUGCCGGAAGACCAAGCGGCUGGCUGGGAAACAGGCUGAGCUGUGUCAGACGGAGCCUGAGAUUGUACAGGAGGUGGCCAAAGGUGCCAGGCUGGGUGUGCGUGAGUGCCAGUACCAAUUCCGCUUUCGUCGCUGGAACUGCACCAGCCACAGCAAAUAUUUCGGCAAGAUCCUACAGCAGGAUAUCCGGGAGACUGCCUUUGUCUAUGCCAUCACAGCAGCUGGUGUGAGCCAUGCAGUUACCCAGGCCUGCAGCAUGGGUGAACUCCUGCAGUGUGGAUGUGAGGCAACACGAAGCCGGGCUCCUCCUCUUCCUCCUGCCCUUACAGGAUCAGAAGGCUCUGCUUGGGAGUGGGGUGGCUGCGGAGACGAUGUUGACUUUGGCUAUGAGAAAUCCCGCCAGUUCAUGGAUGCUAAGCGCAAGCGUGGCAAGAGUGACAUUCGAACCCUUAUCGAUCUGCACAACAAUGAAGCAGGACGCUUGGCAGUGAAGAACCACAUGAGAACGGAGUGCAAGUGCCAUGGGCUUUCAGGUUCUUGUGCACUACAGACCUGCUGGAAGAAGAUGCCCCCUUUCCGGGAAGUGGGUGACCGCCUGCUAGAACGCUUUAACGGCGCUUUUAAAGUGAUGGGCGGCAAUGAUGGCAAAACAUUAAUCCCAGUGGGCCGGAACAUCAAGCCACCAGACCGGCAGGAUCUCAUCUACUCUGCUGACUCACCUGACUUCUGCGUUGCUAACCGCAAGACAGGUUCACUAGGCACACGCGGACGAGUUUGUAACAGUACUGCCAUGGACAUGAGUGGCUGUGACCUGCUAUGCUGUGGCCGAGGUCACCGUGAUGAGACAUUACUCCUGGAAGAGAACUGCCUUUGCCGCUUUCAUUGGUGCUGUGUGGUACAGUGCCGGAAGUGCACCGUGCGCAAAGAACUCAGUCUAUGUAUUUAAGUGAGCAUGGAAAGGACACUGGACAGGGAAGAGACAGAGUAUGGGCAGGAGAGAGGAGGAGGAAUAUAUUCUAAAAUCAGCCAGAGAAUUCCAGAGACAGAGCCUAAUCAAGCUCUCAAUGCGUGUGAAGGGUGUUGACACUGAUCUAAUUUAGAGUGGCAUAAUAGUCUGCUGAAGAUUCCUGGAGCGGAUUCCAGAUCUAGGCCACCUGGCUCAUCAGAACAGCUUGCUUCUAAAUCCUUGGGUGUCCAGCACAGUUCUCAGAAGUUGACCUCCGCUAUGGCAGAUCUUUGAUAUUUAGUGCCAGGCUAUGGCUCCAGAAUGUCUUAGCACUCCCUGCCUGCUUGGACAUGCCCUCCUAAAGACAGGGGAAGGCCUGUGUCAGCUGACAUGUCCCCCUCACCACCAGUUCAUAUAGCUUGGUCCUGUUCUCUUGACUGUGGACCAUGUACAGGUUCUCUGGAAGGGAUAUGUUGAGCCUCUCCUAUGGCUGAGAGAACAGAACAGGUUUCCUGACUACUCACCCACUCUCACACACAACUCCCUUGCUUCCUAUUAGCUGGGGGAUGGGAC